ACAACCAUCAGCCAGCUACUAAAUGCCUGUGAGAAGAGUACACCGAACAGCACAGUCGUUAAGAGCCUUACAGCUACGCUGGAGGCAUUUUCUGUGAACCCGAAUCAUAAUGUGACCUUGAUAGUACAGCCAAACCUGGCCGUCUACUCUUUCAGGGUACCAAGUGAUACUGUAGCAGUCCAGUUUAUUGCUUUCACAGAAAGUUCUAGUAAUUUGGGGGCCAGUACAAUUCAGGUCAACACCAAUUCCUCUGAAAUGAUGACUGGUAAUGGAGGUUCUAUCGAUGUCCAAAUGGCUGUUAAAUUCACACCAGUUUUGCAUAGUGAAAACACAAACCCAUCCAUUGGAUUUGUGCUCUAUCAAAAUGACAAUUUUUUUAGGUCCAGAGCUUUCAAAGCUUCUUUGGGAACUAACAGAAGGGUCCUUUCUGCUAAAUUCAGAAACAUUUCUGGACUGGGUGUUGAGAUGAUCUUCAAGCCCACUACAGUGCCCAAUGCCUCCCUCUAUGACUUUGCCUGUGUGUCGUGGAACUACACGCUGGACGACUGGAGCACAUAUGGCUGCUCCAAAGUCAACCACUCUAACGACGGCCUGCAAUGUUUCUGUAACCACACCACUAAUUUUGCUGUGCUCACGCUUUUCAGGAGGGAUUUUAAAUACAUUGACUCAUUUAACUGGAUCACCAUACUGGGAUGCUCAAUAUCUAUUACAGGGUUGAGUUUAACAAUAAUAUUUCAAAUCAUGACCAGAUGUAAAACCGUCCGGACCCUCCUCAUAGUGAGCAUCUGCACGUGUCUUCUGACCUUCACCCUACUCUUCCUCUUGGCAGUGGAAAACCCCAACCAACUGCCUCAGAAACCCAAACUGCAAAUCAACAAUAUCCCCCCUUCAGACAUCCACAUACAGCCAGACAGAGGGACCUGUACUGCGGUUGCGGCCUUGUUGCAAUAUUUCCUACUGGGAACAUUCACCUGGAGCACAUUGUACACCAUACACGUCUCUCGCACGAUCAGAAACUCUCUCACCACCAACCCGCCAAACGUCACUGUCUCUACUGUGGUCAUUGGAUGGGGACUGCCUGCAGUAAUAGUUGCCCUCAAUUUAGGAAUCAGGUACAGACUGGAUAAUCCACUGGAUUACAGGCAAGAGGAAUUUUGCUGGCUUGCUUCCCUCGAUCCCAAGGGGAACUUUGACUUCAAGCUGCCAAUGUUUUGGGGAAUGUUGAUCCCCAUAGCAUUCAUGCUAAUAUUCAACACAGUGCUGUUAAUACAUUUUGCAGCUGCAACAGGCACAAGUAACAGCCUUGUGACCAGAACGAGAUAUUCAUUGAAGAAGAUCCUCAGUAUCUUUUCUCUGGCUGUGGUGCUUAGUCUCUCCUGGAUCCUGGGCUACCUUCUGCUCAUUACCCAUGACAAGACCACAUAUAGUAUACUCAACAUCUUCUUCUGUAUUCUCACCACCACUCAGGGCUUGCAGAUUUUCAUUUUGUUCACAGUAAGAACAGCAAUUGGCAAGAAGAAGAUAUCAAUUGCUUUGAAAUCUUUCCCUCACGUUAAGAUUCCACUUCACCAUAUGAAGUAUAGUCUAAGGCAAGGCAAGCAAAGUGAACAAGUGGAAUCUUACAAACAGCUGGAAACUGAUAUUAUAACUUUACAAUUUCCAUAUUCUUCUAUACCAACUUAAUCAACCACCUAACUAUGGGCUACAAGAUUAACCUGUGUCGUAAAAUAUAUAAUAUACAUCCAAUAUUAAUUUUAACAAAUGUUGUAUUGCUGUUUACUGUAAAACCUUUUAUUGUCCAAUUAU